UCCUAUUUAUCAAUGUCAGAAGCAAGAAUAUUGUACACGAUUAUUAUACUCUGUAGUUUCGUGAUUUACCGCCAAUCAAUCGCGAUCAGAGUGGAUAAAAGCCUAUCGCCGAUACAGUUAAACUAUGAAAAAUCAGAAGAAAGUGUUUUAUCGAAGGGAAAGGAAAGUUCUGGAUUGGGAAAGGUAGUGGAGUCGGGUGUUAUAGAAAAAGCAGUUAAGGAAACGAACUAUGAUAGUUUGGAUGAUAUACAGUACGCUGAUGAUAGUGAUGCCGAUCAAAGAUCGUUGCUCAGGGGUAAAAAGAAUAUUAAGGAAUGGGAUCAUUGGGGCAAAUGGUCGCCGUGCAGCGCCACCUGUGGUGUGGGAAAGACAACUAGAUGGCGACACUGUGUGUCUCAAGGAUGCGCUUCAGGCGAAAAAGAGGCUCAAAUACGAACUUGUACAUUGAAACCAUGUCCAUAGAACUUAAAUAUGAAAUACGAUAUUGCAUUUUAUUUAUUAUACUAAGCUACCCUCUUCUUAAAAUACAAAAUUUUGAA